AUGUCCCAGACCUUGCUCAAGUCCAUCGUGCUGCCUCAAGCUGGCUCAAGCAAGGCUACCGCUACGGUCAUUUUUGCUCAUGGCUUGGGCGAUCAGGGAGCUGGCUGGCUCGAUGUCGCACAAAUGCUUCGCAAGCGGCCCAAGUUGCAGCACGUACGAUUCGUCCUUCCCAACUCCCCCGUCCAGCCUGUGACUCUGAAUGGUGGGAUGCCCAUGCCAAGCUGGUUUGACAUUCGCACACUCGACGAUAUUUCGGGCGGGGAGGACGAAGUGGGGCUGCGCAAGAGUGCAGACGCUUUGAGCGCUCUCAUCAAUGCCGAGGAAGCAGGCAGUCAGGAGCACCUUGAUGGGCAGGGUGUCCCAUCUGAGCGUGUAGUCGUUGGUGGAUUCUCGCAGGGAGGCGCCAUCGGCUUGCUGUGCGGUCUGACGCACCCCAAGCCCGUAGCCGGCAUCGUUGGCCUCUCCACCUGGCUACCCCUACGAGCCAAGAUGGUGGCGCCAUACUUGACAUCGCACGCGCGCAAUAUACCGAUCUUUUUGGGUCAUGGCACAGCGGAUCAAGUCGUCAAGUACGAAUACGGACAGAGGAGCGCCAAAUUUCUCCGGGCUGGCGGCGAAAAUGAUGGCGGAGCAGGAUCGUAUGACGGCAUGGCGCACUCGGCCUGCAUGGAAGAGAUCGAACACGUCGCAGAGUACCUCGAAAAAGUCAUACCGGCUCAAGCGUCGUAG